UUGGGGCGCUGGAGCAUGCCCAGUGGCAGAGCUGGAGCCACCAAGGGCUUUGCACGGGCGCACUCCGCUUCUCCGGGUUUUAGCAGAAGCCCGCGGGGGGCGGGGGGGUUGUGUGUGUGUGUGGGGUAACCGCGGAACCCUGCAGCCUUGGGCGCAGGAGUGGGGAGCUCUCUAGCUGUGCAGGGCUCUCUCCCGCGUUGCGGUUGGUUGCUGGGGAGAUGCUAGAGCGCGGCACCCGGCUGCUCCACCUGGCGCACUGAGCACCGCGCGGGGAGCCCCAGAGGGUGGGCGGCGGGGGGCGCGGACUGCGGUAGAAUGAGAGCCGGACUCCUAAGGCGCUGGGAGACAACCCUCCAGCUGGGUCAGGUGCCGGGGGCCCGCUGCUCGCCGCUCCACUAACUUGCCACUUGGUUGUGUCUGGUCUCCCAGGCUUGCUUCGCUUUCGGGUGGUGGGGGGCGGGGAGAGUGGGGACUUAGAGGGUCUGUGGUAGCCAAGGAGGGAUCCUGUGAGGGGGAGCCUGCCUGGUGCCGCUCUUCUUCCCCUCCCUGUCGCUCCCCUCCCCCCACCCCGUCGCUGCUUUCCCUUCCGCCAAUUCCGAGAGCGACGGGCGCCUGUGACAUGCUAUCGCUGCCAAGUGACGGUCCCCGAAUCUGAAGUGCCCGCGAGGAAGUGAGCGCCAACGCGGGCCGCUGGCGAUGACAGCCAUGAAGCAGGAACAACAGUCCACCCCCGGGGCCAGGGCGAGCCAGGCGCAGCCGGCGGACCAGGAACUGGGAAGUAACAGCCCUCCACAGAGAAACUGGAAGGGAAUUGCUAUUGCUCUGCUGGUGAUUUUAGUUGUAUGCUCACUCAUCACUAUGUCAGUCAUCCUCUUAACCCCAGAUGAACUCACAAAUUCAUCUGAAACCAGAUUGUCUUUAGAAGACCUCUUUAGGAAAGACUUUGUGCUUCAUGAUCCGGAGGCUCGAUGGAUCAAUGAUACAGAUGUGGUGUAUAAAAGCGAGGAUGGACAUGUCAUUAAACUGAAUAUAGAAACAAAUGCUACCACAUUAUUAUUGGAAAACACAACUUUUGUAACCUUCAAAGCAUCAAGACAUUCAGUUUCACCAGAUUUAAAAUAUGUCCUUCUGGCAUAUGAUGUCAAACAGAUUUUUCAUUAUUCAUAUACUGCUUCAUAUGUGAUUUACAACAUACACACUAGGGAAGUUUGGGAGUUAAAUCCUCCAGAAGUAGAAGACUCCGUCUUGCAGUACGCAGCCUGGGGUGUCCAAGGGCAGCAGCUGAUUUAUAUUUUUGAAAAUAAUAUCUACUAUCAACCUGAUAUAAAGAGCAGUUCAUUGCGACUGACAUCUUCUGGAAAAGAAGAAAUAAUUUUUAAUGGGAUUGCUGAUUGGUUAUAUGAAGAGGAACUCCUGCAUUCUCAUAUCGCCCACUGGUGGUCUCCAGAUGGAGAAAGACUUGCCUUCCUGAUGAUAAAUGACUCCUUGGUACCCAGCAUGGUUAUCCCUCGGUUUACUGGAGCAUUGUAUCCCAAAGGAAAGCAGUAUCCGUAUCCUAAGGCAGGUCAAGUGAACCCAACAAUAAAAUUAUAUGUUGUAAACCUAUAUGGACCAACUCACACGUUGGAGCUCAUGCCACCUGACAGCUUUAAAUCAAGAGAAUACUAUAUCACUAUGGUUAAAUGGGUAAGCAAUACCAAGACUGUGGUAAGAUGGUUAAACCGACCCCAGAACAUCUCUAUCCUCACAGUCUGUGAGACCACUACUGGUGCUUGCAGUAGAAAAUAUGAGAUGACAUCAGAUACGUGGCUCCCUAAGCAGAAUGAGGAGCCUGUGUUUUCUAGAGAUGGCAGCAAAUUUUUCAUGACAGUUCCUGUUAAACAAGGGGGCCGUGGAGAAUUUCACCACAUAGCUAUGUUUCUCAUCCAGAGUAAAAGUGAGCAAAUUACCGUGCGGCAUCUGACAUCAGGAAACUGGGAAGUGAUAAAGAUCUUGGCAUAUGAUGAAACUACUCAAAAAAUUUACUUUCUGAGCACCGAGUCUUCUCCUAGAGGAAGGCAGCUGUACAGUGCUUCUACUGAAGGAUUAUUGAAUCGCCAAUGCAUUUCAUGUAAUUUUAUGAAAGAACAAUGUACAUAUUUUGAUGCCAGUUUUAGUCCCAUGAAUCAACAUUUCUUAUUAUUCUGUGAAGGUCCAAGGGUCCCAGUGGUCAGCCUGCAUAAGACAGACAAUUCAGCACAAUAUUUUAUAUUGGAAAGCAAUUCUAUGCUGAAGGAAGCUAUCCUGAAGAAGAAGAUAGUAAAGCCAGAAAUUAAAAUCCUUCAUAUUGACGACUAUGAACUUCCUUUACAGUUGUCCUUUCCCAAAGAUUUUAUGGACCGAAACCAGUAUGCUCUUCUGUUAAUAAUGGAUGAAGAACCAGGAGGCCAGCUGGUUACAGAUAAGUUCCAUAUUGACUGGGAUUCUGUACUCACUGACACGGAUAAUGUCAUUGUAGCAAGAUUUGAUGGCAGAGGAAGUGGAUUCCAGGGUCUGAAAAUUUUGCAGGAGAUUCAUCGAAGAUUAGGUUCAGUAGAAGUAAAGGACCAAGUAACAGCUGUGAAAUUUUUACUGAAAGAACCAUACAUUGACUCCAAAAGAUUAAGCAUUUUUGGAAAGGGUUAUGGUGGCUAUAUUGCAUCAAUGAUCUUAAAAUCAGAUGAAAAGCUUUUUAAAUGUGGAUCGGUGGUUGCACCUAUCACAGACAUGAAAUUGUAUGCCUCAGCUUUCUCUGAAAGAUACCUUGGGAUGCCAUCUAAGGAAGAAAGCACUUACCAGGCAGCCAGUGUGCUACAUAAUAUUCAUGGCUUGAAAGAAGAAAAUAUAUUAAUAAUUCAUGGAACUGCUGACACAAAAAUUCAUUUCCAACACUCAGCAGAAUUAAUCAAGCACCUAAUAAAAGCUGGAGUGAAUUAUACUAUGCAGGUCUACCCAGAUGAAGGUCAUAACGUAUCUGAGAAAAGCAAGUAUCAUCUCUACAGCACAAUCCUCAAAUUCUUCAGUGAUUGUUUGAAGGAAGAAAUAUCUGUGUUACCACAGGAACCAGAAGAGGAUGAAUAAUGGACUAUAUUUAUACAGAACUGAAGGGAAUAUUGAGGCUCAAUGAAACCUGACAAAGAGACUGUAACAUUGUAGUUGCUCCAGAAUUUCAAGGGCAGCUUUUGGAGAUGACACUGGAGCAGCACACUCAGAGACAGUGAACUAGCAUUUGAAUACAGAAGCCCAAGUCUACUGUGUUGCCAGGGGUGCAGAACCUGUUUCUUUGUGUAAGAAAGGUCAAAGGGUUGGUUUCCUGGGAGAAAUUAGUUUUGCAUUAAAAUAGGAGUAGUGCAUGUUUUCUUCUGUUAUCCCCUCUGUUUGUUCUAUAACUACUUGCUCUCAUUUUAAUUUCACUGGCCACCAUCAUCUUUGCAUAUAAUGCACAAUUUAUCAUCAGUCCUACAGUCCCUGAUCUUUCAUGGCUGAGCUGCAAUCUAACACUUUACUAUACCUUUAUAAUAAGUGCAAUUCUUUCAUUGUUUAUUAUUAUGCUUAAGAAAAUAUUCAGUUAAUAAAAAACAGAGUAUUUUAUGUAAUUUCUGUUUUUAAAAAGACAUUAUUAAAUGGGUCAAAGGACACGUAGAAAUGCGGAUUUCAGCACCUUCCAAAGUUCAGCCAGUUAUCAGUAGAUACAAUGUCUUUAAAUGAACACACAAGUGUAUGUUUCACAAUAUAUAUACACACACACACGUGUGCAUAAACAGUUAAUGAAACUAUCUUUAAAUGUUAUUGAUGCUAUAAAGGGUAAACUUUUGAUGAAUUAGAAGAGAUGCUCUUUUCCAAGCUAUAAUGGAUGCUUUGUUUAAUGAGCCAAAUAUGAUGAAACAUUUUUUCCAAUUCAAAUUCUAGCUAUUGCUUUCCUAUAAAUGUUUGGGUUGUGUUUGGUAUUGUUUUUAGUGGUUAAUAGUUUUCUAGUUGCAUUUAAUUUUUUGAAUAUGAUACCUUGUCACAUGUAAAUUAGAUACUUAAAUAUUAAAUUAUAGUUUCUGAUAAAGACAUUUUGUUAACAAUGCAAUGCCACUGAGUGCUAUUUUGCUCUUUUGGUGGAGAAGGCUUUUUUAAAAAACUCUUGGUCCUUUUACUUCUAUCUCUCAGUGCAAAAUCAGUUCUCAUUUUCAUUGUAAAAGCAAAUAGCUGGAUUAUUUCAUUUGCCAGUUACUAUUUAGUAUUCCAUGCCUGCCCAGUUCAUCUGUUACUGUUUAAUUUCAAUCCGUUUGGUGAGAAUUAGAAAUGAAAUAUUUUUUAUUCAUUGGCCAAAAAGUUUACGAACAGCAGUGUUUGCUAUUUAAUUUGAAUUGAAGGCACAAAAUGCAUCAAUUCCUAUGCUGUGUUGACUUGCAGUAGUAAGUAACUGACAGUGUAAAAUAAACUUGACUGUAUUAAGUCAAUUUAAGUGAUGAGAACAUUAAAUUUGGUGACUAAAGUCAGAGUACCUCUCACCUCACUUAAGGGAGCUUCCAGAAGACAUUUAAAAGUCUGUAAUCAAGCUUAGAAGUUCAAAUAAAUCUAGCCAGGGAUACUGCAGUUUUGUGGUUUUAAAAAAGUCCUUAGAAUAGACUAAAUUAUCACAACUUAUGGCAUCAGGAAGAAACUUUCAAAUAAGGAAUCACUCAGUCACUCUCCUGUUUUGUUGAAGGAUCAACCCAAAUUCUGGGUAUUUAGGAACAUGUGAAUCAUGGAUUGGGUAUUCCACUUUUUUCCUGGAUGCUUUGGAAUUGUGUCUUCCAUGUUCCAUUGGAUUCAAUUUAAAAUGAGGAAGGCUUUCUCUACUGCAAGGCCCAUUUUAGGCCUUUUUCAAGAAUAGUGAACACAUUUUUUAACAAAAUAAGUUGUAAAUUUAAAAGGAAAGUUUUGCCUAUUUUAUUAAGAUGGAAAUUUCUUUUUAGGCUAAUUUGAAAUCCAACUGAAGCUUUUAAAUAUUUUAAAUUUGAACCACUAGAGUUUUUUAUGAUGCAAAUGAUUACGUUGUCUGAAACGUGGUUUUAUUGAAUGUCUAUUUGCGUAUCAUUUAAAAAAGUAUUUGCCUUUUACUGUCA